AUGGCCGACCGGGUAACAUCGGCUGUUUGUUGCUUCUCCUUUAUUUUUUACCUAUUUCUUUUAAUAAAUUGCAAUUGUGGUGAAAGGUUUGGUGAUAAAGCGACAUCCUUACAUAUUUCUGAGGACACUGAAAAUACACGAAUUAAAAAAUCGGUUAUUAUCGAGAGAAAUGAUGAAAUUAACGAUGACGAUGAAACGUCAUUUACGAGAAAACGUAGGGAUGCUACGGAUGCUACUACGUCGAACGAAUCAAAAAUCGUCGCUAAGGUCAAUCAACUUAAUGAUUCCCAUCAGCAGUUGAUGGUCCAUUGGGUCGGCGAAGGAUCUAGUAUUAUAAUAUGUCUCGCCCGAGACAGUAUGUCCCAAUCAAAUAAAAGCACUAAAAAUUCUACAACAAGUCAUCCAAGUGCUGUUUAUAUAAGUUACGAUUAUGGCGAUAGUUUCGACAACAAAACUGAAAAGUUUAAAACAUCCGACGACCAAAAUGCUACUUAUGCCAGUUUGGAUAAAUUUUACAAUCAUCCGACAUUCAACGAGUUUUGCGUUUUUGCGGAUAGUGCAAAUAAAUUGAUUUUUAUUACUCGAGAUUCUGGGCGAAACAUUACAAGAGUUCCUGUGCGAUUUACCCCAAGCGAAAUUUCCUUUGAUGAGGAACACUACUAUUUCUUGGUCCUGGACAAAGUUGAUCCGAAACGCAAGCUAUGGAUGACGAUGGAUAUGGGAAAAACCUGGACGGUGGUUCACGAAUUUGUGAAGGCUUUUUACUGGACGUCUGAACGGCCAAAAUCGUUAAUAAUUGAGCGCGCAGAAGCCAUGGGUCGCAAUACAGUGAUAAAUUUGGGAACAGUAAAUCAUUGGGUUGCCCGAAAUUAUGAACGAGUCAUUACAGGUGUUGAAGAUUUUCAAAUUAGAGGAGACUACAUGUUUGCUACGAAAAAACCUUGGAAGGCUGGAGAACCCAUAGAUGGAAAGCCGAAUUUGGAACUGUAUGUAUCAUACAAAGGCCAGGAUUUUGUUAAAGCACAAUUCGAUAAAGGCUUACCGUCUCGAGAUUAUCAUAUUGCUGAUGUGUCUCACAAUCGAGUUUUCGUUGCAGUUUCACACAGCGAGACAUUGGUUAACCUUUACAUAUCGGAAUUGAUUGAUCAUAAAAACGCCAGUUUCGUGUUGUCGCUCGAGGGAAUUCUUACAUUUUUCCCGAAUAGCACUUGGAAGGGAAGUUGGUUGAAUGAAAUCGCUGACGAGGUUUUCACAGAUCUUUACAAAGUUGAAGGCCUUCGUGGAAUAUACAUCGCUUCCCAAGUUAAAGGUUCACCAAAGUCGGGGACAAUUGGUCCGGAACAUUUGAUAUCCUUGAUCACCUUUGACCACGGAGUGACUUGGGGUCGUAUCAGUCCGCCGCAGUUUAAUUACAAGGGCUAUUACCUGCAUUGUCCUACGAAUUGCUCCUUGCAUCUUGGUCAGAAGUUCUCUCAAUUGUAUCCAGUAACGAGGGCAGUUUCCAUCAUGAGUUCGAAAUCAGCCCCCGGAAUUAUAAUGGCCACUGGAGUCGUUGGUACCAGCAUCAAGGGACACCCAGCUCUCUACAUCUCUCGAGAUGCGGGUCUAACUUGGAAACAAGUACUCGAGGAUUACUACUUUUUCAAUAUGGGAGAUCAUGGCGGUGUCCUCGUGGCCGUGAAAUACUACAAAUCUCACGGAGAGACUAGGGAAAUAUUAUAUUCGACCAAUGAGGGCGAGAGUUGGGAAUCUCAUGAAUUCAACGAUAAGAUCCUCCGGAUCUAUGGCCUGAUGACAGAACCUGGUGAAAAUACAACCGUUUUCACAAUGUUUGGAUCCGGCAUCGGUCAACAUCAGUGGCUGAUCAUCAAAGUGGAUUUACGACAAGCCUUUCCGAAAACAUGUGGACCGGACGAUUUUAAAUUCUGGAGUCCAGCGACACCGAGGGAAUCACUUUCAACUUGUGUGCUGGGUCGCAAGGAAAUUUAUCAUCGAAGAGCUGCUAGUAUCCAGUGUUACAUUGGCGUUAAUUAUGACAGGCCUGUUAAAAUUGAUACAUGUCCUUGCGAUGCAAACGAUUAUCUCUGCGACUUUGGAUUCACACGCGAUACGAACCAAUCAUCCCUUUCUUAUCGCUGCAUUCGGGACAAAGAAUCUAACUUUGAUCCUUAUCGUAUUCCCGCGGUUUGCCCUCCAGGAAAAUUCUACAAUCGCACAAAGGGCUACAUCAAAAUUCCGAAUGAUGAUUGUUCUGGCGGUCGUGCUAGCAUCUUUGAACCAGAUGAGAUACCAUGCCCGAUGGCAGAAUUGGGAGAAUUUUUGCUAGUUGCCCAGCGAGAGCAUAUUUCAAGAAUCGAUCUCAAAACUCAGAAAUUAGAUAUGCUGCCUGUUCAUGGUUUAAAGAACGUUAUCGCUAUCGAAUUCGAUAUGAAAAACAAUUGCCUUUAUUGGGCGGAUAUAGUGAAUGACACGAUUGGAAGGCAAUGUCUCAAGGACGGCGUGAGUUAUCCUGAAAUUCUAGUUGAAACAGAUCUGAGUUCUAUUGAAGGAAUGGCUCUGGAUUGGGUGUCGCAUGUACUCUACUUUGUCGACGGCGUGAAAAUGAGGAUUCAAAUUAUAAGGACGGACAUAAACACACAAGGCAGAAUGAGAAGAACUAUACUGGGACCGAAUAAUUUGCAGAAACCAAGAGGAAUCGCUGUGCAUCCUGCCAGGGGAUACAUUUUCUGGACUGACUGGGCACCUGGAAAUGCUUCCGUUAAUCGUGCUAAUAUGGAUGGUACAAAUGUCAAGCAACUGUUUCAUGAGCAAGUGGAGUGGCCAAAUGGUAUCACCAUCGAUCACGUAGCAGAGCGCAUUUACUGGGUAGAUGCCAGAGAAGAUUAUAUUGGAUCUUCCGAUUGCGAUGGGAAGGAUUUCAAAAAGAUCAUCUCCCACGACGAGCGUGUUUCCCAUCCAUUUGCCGUAGCUGUCUUGAAAGACAACAUGUACUGGGACGAUUGGAAGCAGUCCAUGAUUUUCGUAGCCGACAAAGAUCAUGGUCGCGGUGUAACGACAAUAAUCGGACAACUCGCUGGCCUCAUGGAUCUGAAAGUUUUUGCACACAGUGUGCAAUCCAGCACGAACAAAUGCAGCACCAACACUAGUUUAUGUUCGCACAUUUGCUUAGGUGCUCCCGAGCACAGCUACGUGUGCCUUUGUCCUGACGGUAUGGUCAUGACCGACGGCAAAUGCAUGUGUCCUGGUGGAAUCGCUCCUUAUCUCAACUCCACCUGUCCCAAAGUCGCGAAUACCUGCUCGGCAAAUCAGUUCGGCUGCGACAAUGGUGUCUGUAUUCCCGAAUUCUGGAAAUGCGACGGCGACAAUGAUUGUGGGGACAAUUCAGAUGAGAGCAAAUGUAACAAAGCUACUUGCAGUCCAAACAACUUUGAAUGCGACGAUACAAAGUGUAUUCCCAAUUACUGGGUUUGCGAUCUUGAUCGUGACUGUGUGGACGGCACGGAUGAGAUGAAUUGCACCUACACGAACUGCACCGAUACGCAAUUUAAGUGCGACAAUGGUCGUUGCAUCUCUCACAGAUGGUUCUGCGACGGAGAGGACGACUGUCGUGACGGUUCCGAUGAGAAGAACUGUUCCAAGCCAAUCAUGCCCAGUACUUGCAAGUAUGACGAGAUUUCGUGUACGAAGGAGCACAUGUGCAUUCCCAGAACAUGGAAAUGCGAUGGUGAGAACGACUGUGAAGAUGGAAUCGACGAGGCUGAUUGUCAAACGAUGGAGUGCGAGUCGUGGCAGUUUGAUUGCAAGGAUCGUAAACAACAGCAUCGUUGUAUAUAUCGGUCCUGGGUUUGCGAUGGCGAUAAGGAUUGUGACAACGGACUCGAUGAAGUCAACUGCACCGCUGUUGCCCCGCCGCCUUUGCAUCCUCCCAUUCUACCAACGAAUUCCUGCAAUGAUUGGAUGUUUAUGUGCCACAAUAAGAAAUGCGUCCCCUACUGGUGGAAGUGCGACAGUGUGGAUGAUUGCGGCGACAAUUCCGAUGAAAUAGGAUGUGGAAAUCCUGAUGGCAUGACUGAACCACCAAAUGUAACCGAGCAACCUCGUGUCUGUCGGGAACAUCAAUUCCAAUGCUAUAACGGAGAUUGUAUCGAGCAGGCAUGGGUUUGCGAUGGAUCUCAAGAUUGUACCGCGAAUGAGGACGAAGCACACUGCGAGGGAAUUCAAAUUGGAUGUCGUGGUGAUCAGUUUAUGUGUCGAACCGAUGGCAACUGCGUCCCAGCAACGAACAUCUGCAACGGAAUCGAGGAAUGUCCAGACGGAAGUGACGAACAUGGCUGCAAUGGUGAUCAAAAUCCCUUAAUACCAACUGCCACAUCUUGUUAUCUGGGAUACUUCUCCUGUGAUGCAAAUCGCUGCUUUCCCCUCGCGUCGUAUUGUGACGGAAAACAGGAUUGUUUGGAUAAUACGGACGAGAGCAAUUGUCAGAGCAACAGUCGCGUCUACCAAGUGCUCAUCAUGAAUGUCGAUGAUCGUGCAACGAAUGCGACGAGUCUUUCGCUUCAUUGGUGGAUCUCUCAACCAUCUAACGGGACUUUUGAGUUUCUUCCAUCUAUCUCACUAGCUGAGCCCAACGCAGUAUGGACGAAUGCCUCGAAUUGGAUGGAAGCCAUGCAGUGUCGGUUCAACAAUCUGAAACCCUAUACACGUUACAACAUGACGGUUUACGUUCGAUUGAAGGGAUCAAAUGUCAUUUUCCCACCAGCUAAGACUCUCCUCGCGAUGACGGACGAGGGAGUUCCUUCGGAGCCGUUGGAUGUUAAAGUUCAGCAGAAAAAUGGUACACGCGUGGAAAUUUCUUGGCGACCACCCAUUUAUCCCAAUGGACCUAUUACUGGAUAUGAAGGAUUUAUCACUCCACCGAUUCCCCCAUUGAAGUACUCACUGCAGAAAACGUCGAUCGUGAUUGAUUCGGCUUUCGAGGCUGGCAAGAAUUACUCGUUCUGGUUGACGGCGAAGAAUCGGGAGUACGAAUCUAAUUCGUCGAGAGUUGUUACGCUGACCUUUGAUGGCGCUGCGAAUAUUGACGAUAUCAAGGGUUUGGAGGUUGUACCAGAAAAGACGACGAAUAGUUCGAUCACAUUGCUGUGGCAGAUGGUUCCUGAUGUUGACGGCUAUACCAUUAUGCCCAAGUCACCAUCACCGUAUCCCAACUUGAAUCACAGUGUAUUGAAUAAGAAUACGGAUACAUAUACUGUGACCGGUCUGGCUCCAGGAGUUUUGUACACAUUUGAGGUCGCUGCCAGGAGGAAGAAUUACUUUGGAAAACCAGCUACAGCUUCGGGAGCUACGAAGGGCGUACCGCUACCCACGGUCUCGCAGUUGCAUGGGGAAUUGGUGAAGGCGCAAGGAACGACGGUUAAAUUGUCUUGGGAUCCUCCAAAGGACACUCGGAAGACCAAGUGGCAGUAUGCUAUCCAUUAUGCUAUUAAUAUGCAGGAUCUGUAUAAAGAAGCAAAAACGGUAACGAACAACUUAGGGACAACUAUCCGAGAUUUGGAUGCAUGCAGUAAGUACAUGUUUGCCGUUGGAAUUAGAGAUCCUGUAUUUGGAUCAGGUCCUUUGAGCGAACCUUACAAAGUCGAUACUCAUUUCAAUGCGAGAGCCCGUCCAAAGCAGUUGAGAGUAACACAGUCUGAUAAAGUGGACGCUUUAGUUGUCUCCUGGAGAGCAAGUUGUGACAUCACAGACACUCCAAUUAACUAUACGAUCUCUGUGAAAGAACUGGUACUAAAAAAACAAUCGACCAUCACUUUAAAACCAACAAAUGAGACUGUCAUGAAGCAUAUACUGAAAAAUGUAAGGAGCGGAGGAAAGUAUCAAAUAACAGUCUCGACAGAUGUUGAUGGUGCCAUUCCAACUGAUCCAGUAACAUACGCUGCUCCUCCAAUCAUACCACCGCACCAAGUGAUAGUCCAUAAGAUUGGAGAAAGUAAAAAAUACAUAGUUAAUUGGGAACAAAGAAAUAUUCCCGAGAACUUGAAGAACAGCAAAUAUCACUUUGAUGUUCUCGUCGCUGAAGGUAAUACUAUAAGGAAUGAAUCAAAUGCUAAAGUUUAUGAAAGCAAACAGCCUCCAUUCGAAUUUACGGCAGACCAUGAAGCCAUGUAUUCAUUUGCCAUAAGAUUGGUCAGUGAGGAGGGAUAUCAAAGCGAUUUGAGCGAGAUUGUCAGUAUCGUGAGUGCUAAUGCCGAUUCGCACACGGGAUCGAUGAACGCAUCAAACAUUCUAUCUUUUGCCAUUCCAUUAUGUUUACUCAUUUUAGCAUUAGGAGCAGCUCUUGGUUAUUUUGUUGUCAGACACAGAAGACUGUCGAAUAGUUUUACGCAGUUUGCCAACAGCCACUAUGAUACGAGAAGAGGUCAAGCUACUUUUCCGGGUACCACGGAUGGCCUAGAAGAGGAAGACAGUCCGGUGAUCAGAGGAUUUUCCGAUGAUGAACCAUUGGUAAUAGCUUAGAAAUGUAUGCAUAUUCGUAAUAUACUAAAAUUAUACAGACUAUUAUGAUAAUAAUUAUAAUUAGAGUUAAAAUUUUAUUAAAGAACAGAGAAAGGUUUCAUGUAAGUCACGCAAUCGACUGACCGUCGUCUCUUACGUAAAACCUUUGUGUAAACUACUCAUUAUUUUAUCGAGAAGUAGAUAGCGGAAGUGUAAAUUUUUAGGCACCGCAGCUGCCAUACGCUUUGCGUACAAGUUCAUAGAAAAGAAAUGAGCGAAUGUAAAUCAUACAGGCCGCACUGUAAAUAGCAAUCGUUUUCUAUGACUGAAAGAAAUGAACGCUUCUCGAUUCUAGGAUGCCAUAUUAUAGUUGAUAAUUUAACAAGUUUCAGUGCAGUGAUAAACCUCUCUUAUUAUCUCUUUAUACAUACUUCUUUACGUUUUUCAAGGUGUUAUUUUAACAGAUCGUCCUUGUCCGUCGUUUAAUGGUCUAGUGGAAUAGACAAAUGAAUUUUAUUGUUUGGCGGCAUUGUAAAAAUGGUGAAAAAAAAAAAAAAACAAAAAGAAAGAAAGAAAAAUAAAAACGAGGGAGCUCUUCGAUUACGUAUAAGAAUUCCGCAACUGAAUCUCAACGCGCGAGAUCUUCAUUAAAUAUCGUCGAUUUUCUGUUGUGAAAAAAAUUCUGUUCUUAUAAUACGUGUAUAUUAUUAUAAUUACGCUAAUAAGUGACUUCGUUUUGAGUGAUUUGCCCUCGUGAGAAAUUUUCCGCUUGGCAGGCCGGUGAAGUUGGUCGUAUUUUCAAAGAAAAUGAAGGCAGGUUUCAAUUCUGAAAAGUUCAGAACGCAGUUUGUGAGGUACUCAUAAUAUUCUUUAUUUUCUAUUGUAUCUCAGUUUUACGUUUUCAUUUGUUUUUCCCGCUCUAGUUGAUGCCCUGGGAUUCGAAUAGAUUGUGACAAUAUUCUUUAUUUUCUAUUGUGUCUCAGUUUUACAUAUUUAUUUUUAAUUGUUCACUCUAGUUGAGACUCUGGGAUUCUAAUAGAUUGUUUUACUCGGAAAAGAUCAAAAAUACUAAUUCUAAAUUACUCAAAGACUUAAAUUUUUCAUUAAUUUUCUGUUAUUAAUUUAGAAAUUCUUUCUUUUUGUAAAACGAACCGAAUCAACCAAAGUCAAGCACAGUUUCAGUUGUUGCCAGUGCGAAUAAUUACUAAGUUUUACUUCAUAACGUCACUUUUUUUCAAAGUAUAUUUUUAUUAAAAACUAGACAUCCAACUCGUUAGAAAUAGAGUUUUAAGUUAGUGACUGUUUACUGAACAUUUUAUUUCAAGAGAGCUUGUUGUUAAAAUCGGACAGAUUUUCAUGAACGUUUUCACUUUAUUUGAAACGAUAAAAAAAGCUCAAGCCAAAGUAAGCACUGAGAAUGAUAGAAAGCUUGUUUCAAUUUUGUUUAAAACUUUUUAAAUAAGGUGCUCUACUUAAUCGGUUUUUUACAACGCGUUAAAAAAUACUUAAAAAUAUUCGUGAAUACUCUUGAUAAAUAUUUAACUGCGUUCCGAGCCAAAAAUAAGAACAAUAAGAACGUGAAUAUUCUUAAAAUUUAAGUGUCUUUUAAAUACAAUCACGAUAAUAUUGGCAAGUAGUGGAUUGUUUCGACGUUUCGGGUUUGAGUAUACAUUUUUCAAAAAGAAUAAUAUUCUUCAAGGUAGGUAUUUCAUACGGGGCAAUGCCCAUUUAAACACCUGCUUGAUCUACCUCCACUAUCCAACUUCCCCUCACGCAGCUGAGGGACCUCCAGGCUUCUGCCACAGAAAAAUAAAAGAGAUAACAUUUAUUAAUUUUACAAAUAGUAAUUUAGAAAUAUUGUAUUUUUUGUUAAGUGUCACUGAAAGUUAGGAUAUUUAUAACUGAAUUUUCGUACAUUUAUCAUCAUACGAAACAUCUUGCCAAAUGGGUCGGUGACUAGAGGUCCCUCAGCUGCAUGAGGGGAAUUUUGUUACUGAAGGUGGAAAAAGCAAGUAGGCAGCGAUCAAAUGGGCACUGUCCUUGAUACGAGUGACAUAAAUUAGAAUAAAGUUCAGGUAUUUAAACAAUAAACAUCGAAAGCUUUCGUAAGUCUAAUAACUUUGAAGUAGAAUUUAUCAAUAUUUAAUACACGUAAACCCGAAUAAAUCAUUGAAAUUGGUGACUAGAGAAAGCAUUUCUCUCUUCACAUGCUUUUCAUGUAAAAGAUUCUUCCAUAUCUUUGAAAUAUUGAAGAAUCUUGAUUAGUUUUCAUUAAUAAAUUCAUUCUGGUGAUUAAAAAGACUGAUCUCUUCUUUUGAUAAAAAAAUUUAAACGUUUAAACUAUAAAGACACUGCCACGGGAUUUUGUAUAAUUCUAUUGAUUUCACUGAGUCCUGCAAAGUAAAAAUUACACACUAGCAACUGUGUCUUCUUUUUGAAUUUAUUAAUCGAAUUUAAAUCCUCGAAGAAGGUCUGUGAUACGAUAAGUCUGCAUUUUGUGAAUUUAGAAUGUCGUGUUUUGUAUGGAUAGAGAGGUGUAGCAGAAUGACCCUUCUUUGAGUGAAGAAUCAUUCAAACAGUAUUAUCGAGGUCUGUUCUCGCCUUGUAAAUUUUAAAUUAGCUGUACUUGCUAACACUCGAACCGAUUCGUUGAUUCGAUGCAUGCGUGAUUUGUGUAAUUGUUGGCAAAGUGUCGCGCAAGUUUUUUUUUAAUUGUUAAAGCCAUUCUUACGAAGCAGAUAACAUAAAGGACUUCGAUAACAUCUCAACUAUAACUAUAGUACGCGGAGAGCAAGAUUGUAAUUGUAUUACGUGUACAUCUCGAGGGUUAUGUAGUGAUCAGUGAUAUAAUAUAUUUACGUGUAAAUAAACGAAGUUAAGGCGCUAUGUCAA